ACAACUAAAAGGCCCAUUAAUUACUUUUCUGGGUUUUCGAUGACCUUUCUUCACUCAGAGGAAGUGUCAAUCUCACUUAUCUUUUGAGGAGGAGAGAGAGACGAGGAAACACGAAAUCGUCUUUCUCAUAAAAAGUGUGACACUGUAAUCAUCAUGUAUAGAAUUGGAUUAGGCAGAGAAAUGAGGGCAAUUGUUCCCAAAAAGGCUAUUUCUUGGUUUGGUUCUUGUAAUAUUUCCAGAUAUAUGAGCUCAAUACCUUUUGCAACUGUAGAAGCAGAAAAGAUUUGUGGUUCCCAACCAGCUGAAGUGCAUAACUUGGUUCAAGGGAAAUGGAUUCAAUCCUCUUCUUGGAGCACAAUUGUAGAUCCACUAAAUGGUGAACCAUUCAUUAAGGUUGCCGAGGUUGAUAAAUCAGAAAUAAAGCCAUUUGUUGAUAGCUUAUCCAAGUGCCCUAAACAUGGUCUUCAUAAUCCUUUCAAGUCUCCAGAGAGGUAUCUUCUCUAUGGAGAUAUUUCAACAAAAGCAGCUCACAUGCUUUUGCAGCCUCAGGUUUCAGAUUUCUUUGCUAGGUUAAUUCAAAGGGUUUCCCCGAAAAGUUACCAGCAGGCUCUGGGGGAAGUAUCUGUAACACAGAAAUUUCUUGAGAAUUUCUCUGGUGAUCAGGUUCGUUUCCUUGCGAGGUCAUUUGCAAUACCUGGGAAUCAUCUUGGUCAGCAAAGUCAUGGUUUUCGUUGGCCUUAUGGCCCGGUGGCUAUUAUUACUCCUUUCAAUUUCCCUCUAGAAAUUCCAUUGCUACAAUUGAUGGGUGCACUUUACAUGGGGAACAAACCUGUUCUCAAAGUGGAUAGCAAGGUAAGCAUUGUAAUGGAUCAAAUGCUGCGGCUGCUUCAUGCAUGUGGGUUACCUGUUGAGGACGUUGACUUCAUCAACUCUGAUGGCAAGACAAUGAACAAAUUGCUGAUGGAGGCAAAUCCUCGUAUGACUCUCUUCACUGGAAGCUCAAGGGUUGCAGAGAAAUUAGCUGAGGAUCUAAAGGGUCGAGUUAGAUUGGAGGAUGCAGGAUUUGAUUGGAAAAUCCUUGGCCCUGAUGUUCAGGAGGAGGACUAUGUUGCUUGGGUUUGUGAUCAAGAUGCAUAUGCAUGCAGUGGACAGAAGUGCUCUGCGCAGUCUAUCCUUUUCAUGCAUGAGAACUGGUCGAAGAGUCCUCUAAUUUCUAAGCUGAAAGAUCUUGCUGCUAGAAGGAAGCUAGAAGAUCUGACUGUUGGACCUGUUCUUACUGUUACAACUGAAGCAAUGUCAGAGCAUGUGAAGAAGUUGCUAAAAAUUCCAGGAUCGAAGUUGCUAUUUGGUGGUGAAACUUUAGAAAAUCACUCUAUACCCUCAGUUUAUGGUGCCUUCAAGCCUACUGCUGUAUAUGUUCCUUUGGAGGAAAUAUUGAAGGACAAAAAUUUUGAACUUGUGACAAAAGAAAUAUUCGGACCAUUUCAGAUUAUCACUGACUAUAAAGCAAACCAGCUUCAAAUGGUGCUUGAUGCCUUGGAGAGGAUGCAUGCACAUUUAACUGCUGCGGUGGUGUCAAAUGAUGUCUUAUUUUUACAGGAAGUUAUUGGGAGUUCAGUAAAUGGGACGACCUAUGCUGGCUUACGAGCAAGGACUACAGGAGCUCCACAAAAUCAUUGGUUUGGGCCUGCUGGAGAUCCUAGAGGUGCAGGAAUCGGAACUCCAGAAGCGAUCAAGCUAGUGUGGUCUUGCCAUAGAGAAAUCAUUUACGACAUUGGUCCUGUACCGCAUAAGUGGACGGUUCCGCCAUCUACCUGAAGCGUUGCAUGGUUGCGAGUUGCAGAAUGACAAAAGUCUUACAUUAGUUUAGUCUAGUCUGAGAUGUAGGUACCAAGAUGAAUAAAAGGCAUCCCCUUUUCACUGUAUGUAAAACAACAAAGGCUUAUAGGGUGUUCUUUUCUUCUUUUUUUCCUAUCCUAUUCUAUUUGUGGCCUGAUGAUCUUGUCGCCCUCGUACCGUAGCAACUUGGUGACGAUGAAGGCAGCAAUUGACCUUUUAUAUGCUAUUGUUGAUAGUGGCGAAUAUUCACUGCUGUCACUUUGAAUCA